AUGGCAGCUCAAGUCAUACCGGAGCUGCAAAGCCCCAACCUGAAAACGGAAGGUGGGGCUCUUCCUCAGGAAUUAGCACCAUCAGGUGCACCCGAGAAUGAAGAUGGAGAUUCCGAGGAUGAUAAUGGGGAUGACCAGGGAGCGGAUGAACCGAGGACUAUAGAAGCCGCAAAGAAGAAGAAGAAAAAAAAGAAGCCAAAGAAGAAGAAGAAGGACACCCAAAAGGCGCAAACGGAGCCUCCCCGCGUCAUUCUGUCAACCCUAUUCCCCAACAAUGAGUAUCCUGUAGGCGAACUUGUUGAGUACAAAGAUGAGAAUGCCUACCGGACGACCAAUGAGGAGAAAAGAUAUUUGGACCGUAUGAACAAUGAUUUCCUCUCCGAAUACCGCUAUGCAGCAGAAGUGCACAGGCAGGUGCGCCAAUACGCGCAGAAAACCAUCAAGCCAGGCCAGACUUUGACGGAAAUCGCCGAGGGAAUCGAGGAUAGUGUGCGCGCACUCACGGGUCAUGACGGUUUAACAGAGGGUGAUAAUCUGUUGGGCGGAAUUGCAUUUCCUACCGGUGUUAACUUAAACCAUUGUGCGGCACAUUACUCUCCCAAUGCGGGCAACAAGAUGGUACUGCAAUACGAAGAUGUAAUGAAAGUUGAUUUUGGCGUUCACAUGAAUGGUAGAAUUGUGGAUAGCGCUUUUACUAUCGCGUUUGACCCGAUUUAUGAUAAUCUAUUGGCUGCUGUCAAGGAUGCAACAAAUACUGGAAUUAAGGAAGCUGGUAUCGACGUCCGCAUGAGUGAUAUUGGAGCUGCGAUUCAGGAAGCUAUGGAAAGCUACGAAGUCGAGAUCAAAGGAACCACAUAUCCCGUCAAGGCCAUUCGAAACCUUAAUGGUCAUACGAUUGGCCAAUUCGAGAUCCAUGGCGGCAGAAUGCUCCAUUCGUUCUCUAUAGGCCUCCCCGAUGCCCCAGACACUAAGGCUGCGCUGGAAGUGGCCAAAUUCCUCGGCACAAAGCAUCAUGCUUUCACUUUUACGCUGGAAGACGGCCUCAACGCCCUCUCCGACGUCAUCUAUCAUCUAGAAACUUACGAUGUCACCACCAUCCGUGCAUCCACACCGAUGUACCUGCUGAGUAGGAAGAUCAAAGGCCUGGGCGUCAAGAUGGUGCUUAGCGGCGAGGGCAGUGACGAGAUUUUCGGCGGCUACUUGUACUUCCACGCAGCGCCGAGCAAGGAAGCCUUCCACGACGAAACCGUGUCACGGGUAAAAAACCUCCAUCUCGCGGACUGCCUGCGGGCCAACAAAUCUACGUCAGCCUGGGGCGUGGAGGCGCGCGUGCCAUUUUUGGACAAGCACUUCCUCGAGGUGUCCAUGGGUGUAGAUCCGCAGGAGAAGAUGAUCACCAAAGAUCGGAUUGAGAACAUUCUGUGGCGUCAGAAGGAGCAGUUUAGUGAUGGCGUUGGAUAUGGGUGGAUUGAUGCGCUGAAGGAUAAUGCGGAGUUGCACGUUACGGACGAGAUGAUGAAGAACCCCAAGCCGGAGUGGGGUGAUGAUGUUCCCGAUACGAAGGAAGGAUACUGGUAUCGGAUGAUGUUCGAUGAGCUCUUCCCGCCAUACUGUGCAUAG